GGUCUGGCUCUCGCGAGGCUUGCCGGCAAGGGUUGGCGGUUGGCUGACUGGAGGUAGUGGGGGGAGGGGGGGAGGAGGAUGAGGACGCUGAGAGAGGUCGGAGCGGCGCUGAUGCGCGCCAGAGACGCCGUCGCUGACGGCCGGCGGAGGGCUUUGUGAGAGGCCCCCCAUGGAGGCUCCGCUUCAGCGGGAAUCCCCGCGUCGGGUACCAGAGACCCCUCCGACGUCCCCGGGGCCCCCGCCCCCUCCUCCUCCGCCGCCCCCGCUGCCACCACCGCCAUCCAGCCUGCCGCCGCUGCCGGGCAAACCGCAGCGGGAGGAGAAAAGAGCGGCUCUGAGUAAAGUGAGAAGCUGUUGGGAAGGGGGGAGGGGCGGGGCGGAACAGGUGGGCGGGGCUUCCUUCCAGCACCAGGGACAGCGCGCGAGAGAGGGCGGGGCAGUAGCUGCGGCUUGUGUGUGUGUGCGCGCGCGCCCGCAUCAAGGUGAGAAACGCUGAGAAAGGAAGGGCUGGCCGACAGGUAAAAACGCAUGCGCAGAGAGGAAGGCGUUUUGCGCGCUCCUCCACCUGCUGGCCCAGCUUUUAGCCAAGGGGACUCAGGACCUUGGUUGUUUUUUAUUAUUAUUAUUAUUAUUAUUAUUAUUAUCAUUUACUUAUACCUCGCCCAUCUGGCUGGGUUUCCCCAGCCAAUCUGGGCGGCUUCCAACAAAAUAUUAAAAAUAACAAUCAAACAUCAGACAUUAAAAACUUCCCUGUACAGGGCUGCCUUCAGGUGUCUUCUAAAAGUCAGAUAGUUGUUUAUUUCCUUGACACCUGAUGGGAGGGCGUUCCACAGGGCACAGACCGCCUUUGUUGCCUUGGACAAGCCACGAUCCGCUUCAGACCCUCCUCCGCAUCUGGUUAAAGAGGCAGGUGAUAUCUUAGCCACCGUUACCCACCCCGUUCACUAUUGAAAGGGGAUUCCAAGUCAGUAUUAAAAGAGUAUGUAGUGUUGUGUAGUGGUUAGAGUGAUAGGCAGUUGGGGUUCAAAUCCUCACUGGGCCAUGGAAUUUCGUCCUAACCUACCUCACAGGGUUGCUGUAGGGAGGAAGGGGAGCCCAAAGCCACCUUGAGCUGCUUGGAGGAAAAGGUGGGAUGUAAAUGUAAUGCAUGCCAGGAAUUGUGAGAGUUGACCAGAGGCAAUUAAUAUUUCAUCCAACAGAGCUUUACUGUUACUGAAGGCAAAUGAGCAUAAUGGUUACAAAUCCAAUACAUUCAGGACUGGCAGACCAUUAUGCUCAUUUGUUUUAAGUUUUUGCUCUGCUAACUAUACAUUGCAGUUCUGCUCUGGAGCAAUAUUGAGUAGAAUUCCAUGACAGGAAUACAUGUGUUGAAGCCAGACCUGGGGACUAGAAUCAUUUUGUCUUCUAAGAAAUUGGUUACAAUUCUGACUAAUACUAAUGGGAGGUGUUUAUUUAUCCAAACAUGGAAUAAAAAUAAUGAGACAAAUACUCCUGAAUGAUUGUCCUCAGUCUUACAUGUGAUGCUUUCUAGGUAGUUAUACGGCGGCUACCUCCUAGCUUUACCAAGGAGCAGCUAGAGGAACAGCUUCAUCCACUUCCUGCCCACGAUUAUUUUGAAUUUUGUACCUCUGAUCCCAGGUGAGAACAUAGUUAAUUGUUUCUAUGGGGGGGAAAAGGAGGCAUCUUAAUCAUGCUUGCAUCACGCUAUUAAUACCAACAGGAUCCAGAUUCGUCUAUACUACACUUUAAAAACAAACAGAAUUAUGAAAAACAUAUAUAAUAUUAAAACAUUUUACCAAGUUGAAUGUGUGUGAAAUGCAGCUACCUUAUUGUUGUUAUCUACCAUGAUGUAUGCCUGUGACAUCAUGGAUUUCUUCCCACUAGUCUGGAUGUGACACACUGACCUUUGAGAAUAUGAUGAAAGAUUCUCUAAAAAUCUACUUUAUAUAUUGUGGUUAUUAGAGCCACACUCUAGCUACUUGUGUGUUUAAGGGCUAGUUCACAUGUGUUCACCUCCCCCAGGGGAUACAAGCCCUUACAAAGCCUCUGAGAAAGCAGGGGUCGUCCUAGUGGACGGCUCUUCUUUUACCUUCCUCUCAGAGCUCAUGUCCUGUGAGUUAUCUCUUAUCUUUCUUCAAAUAGAACAAAAUGUUUAGGUUAUGAGAAAGAGCAAAACUUAAAAACACUGCCAACAUUUGCAAAUUUUGUAAGGAUAUGAGGCUUUUAAGUUACAUGAUUGUAGAACUGCAGUGGCCUGGUCAUGUAAUCCCUGCUGAAAGUGGGAUUUCAGUAGCUUUUGUUAUGUCAUUUUGGGAUAUAUUGGAAGCCCAAAUUAGAGGCACCAAAACAGUGCUGGUGCGAAAUAAAAGUUCUUCCAUGUUUGCUGCAUUGCUCUUCUAGGCACAUUGCAAUGAAACCAUUCCAUUACCUUUCAUUUGAAGCCCUCUCAUGUCGGAUCUUCCAGCAUUCAUGGGUUUCUCAGGCCCUUUGUACUCAGACUACUCAGCCAAAGGAUGAGUGGAUUCACUGUAGCCUAGAAAACACUGUAUCCUUGAAGACAGAUGCAGGAAGACAGUGACUAAAAGAUGGGCUGGUUGAAUUACAGCAUACUUGGACACUGAGUGGAAAGUUAUACGUACUGAACUUAGGCUCCAGACAUUCCACAUCUUAGUCUGUGCAUGUAACAAAGCAUCUCAUGGCUUUUAAGAGUUUUUAGCUAAGAAAUUUCUACUUCAUUAUCAUUUUUGAUUGUAAUCCAUGGGGUCACGAAGAGUCGGACACGACUAAACGACUAAACAACAACAAUCACUAUUUCAUUGUUGUGAACUGCCCUGAAAUCUGCGGAUGAACGGCAGUAUAAAAAUAACAACAACAAUUUCAUUUGAUGUGGAGGAAUAUAAAGCAUGCCUACUUUGAAAUGCCAAUCUAAUGUGGAUAAACAUCAAUAUUAAUAGAAUUAAUGUAAUUUAUACUUUUACCUUUCUUCCUUUUAGAAGAUAAACAUAACUAACAAAACAUUCACUUUUGUUUCAGUCUUUAUCCUCAUCUCUACUCAAGAGCAUAUAUUAAUUUUAGAAAUCCUGAUGACAUCCUUCUUUUUAGAGAUCGCUUUGAUGGCUAUGUCUUCAUAGACAGUAAAGGUAACCCAUUCCUUAUUAUGGCCAGAAAUCUAAGACCCACACAACUAGUUCUACAUGCUCAAAGGGUAGAUAGUUUGUUUUUCUUAAACAAUAGCUAAUCUUGCCAUGUAAUGAAAGAAAAGAUAGGUCAAUAUUUCCAAAGUUCAGAUUUGCCAAAGGUGUACCAUGUUUUAGAAAACAUGUUUGUGUAUGCUGUAGUCAAGGUUUCAGAGAAUUCUGACUUGACCUCCAAAAUGUUGCAUGAAGUUUGAUUAUGGUAAACUCAGAAGAGCACAAAGUUAGAUGGGGCCUCGCUGGUUAUCAUUUAAGGUUCUCUCAGUAGCAGGAAUCCACCCAAUGCCAUCCUUUUAUGCACAUUCAUUUCCACUGAUGGGACCCUUGUAUAUAUAACUAGAAAUUACCUUGAUAGGUCUGUGAUUGAGAAAGACAAGGUUGUACUUUGAAAUCAGUUGAAGUUUUCAGAUAAGGUUAAUGUCUGUGUAGUGAUAUAUUUUAUCUAUUUAUUAAAUGAUGUAUCCCUCACCCUUAAGUAGAAAUGCUAUCCUAUGAAUUACAAGAGACUGAAUAAAUCACUUUAAAAUGAAGUAUAACCAUACCAUACAUUAUCUAAAUGUUUUGAUCAUUCAGUAUUGGCAUCUUUGUUGAUAUAUUAGUUAUUUUGAGCUAUGUUACAUUUUUUUUUUUGCCAGGUUUAAAGAAAUAAAAAUGAAAAGGUUUAUGUGCCAACUGUUUAAAUUGUCUCCAGUCCACCUCUACUUAUAAGCAUACUAGUGACCAUGGAUUGAGAUUUACAUUUGCACUAAGAGAUGUAUCUAGCUAGAGUAGUGAAGUUUCAAUAAACUUUGUGAUGCAGAUGUGACCAACCCAACACAUAUCUAUCUGCAUUGGCAAUAUCUGUGCUUGUAUUUGCCUACAGUCUUUUUCUUCUGGAUCAAGACAGUUUGUCAUAAACUAAGUCAGUGAAAAAUAAAAUUUCCAAUUUUAAUUCAGGUUUUUAUACUCAAGGACCUGGGAAUAAGUUCCUCUCAGUCUCAAAAUGUGCAUAUUAUUUACCUUUAGUUACUCAGCCAAUGUGUGGUUCUUUCAAGGUUUAGAAUAUCCAGCUGUUGUUGAAUUUGCACCAUUCCAAAAGAUUUCUAAAAAGAAGCUGAAGAAGAAAGAUGCAAAAGCUGGAAGCAUAGAAGAUGGUAAGCUCAUUUUCAUGGCGAAAACAUUUUCCUGAUUUACUGCGCUUAAUGGAUAAUUUCUCAUGCAAUAUAUAUGACAUCCAAUGAUUAACUUUCUUUUCAAUGGUUUUUUUCUUUCAUAGAUCCAGAAUACAGAAAAUUUUUAGAAAGUUAUUGUGCAGAAGAAGAAAAAAUAUGUGCUAACCCUGAGACUCUGCUGGGAGAGAUUGAGGCAAAAACAAGAGAACUCAUUGGUCUGUUAAGAUGAUCUCCUCCAUUAGUGAAUGCUUCUGAAUUAUAUGAUCAUAUUUUAUUAGUCCCGCAUUAGCACUCUUGAGGUUACAGUCAUUAAAUUAUGGUUAUCUCUAGCACCAUUUCAGAAGUUCUUAAUAAAAAGAACAUCCCCUGUUUAUUCUCAAACAUUAGCUGAACAACAGAUUUGGGAAACUAGCACUCUGCAGGCCUGUACUAUGUCCAUAUAGCUAUGAGGUUUGUGAGAUAUCAGUAGUAUUUUAUGAUCAUGAACUGUUGGUGGGCUAGGGGUAUAAAUGUAAAAGGUUUUAAACCUAAAACUCCUUAAUUUCAUAACUUAUUGUGUGCAAUGCAAGUUUUGUGUGUUACACUGGCCUCUAUAACACUGAUACUUAUUUGAGAUCAUAAAAGGCACCAGUUGGCUAUCAGAAAUACACAAAACUUUUCCCCAACCUGUGCCACUUCUAUAAUCAAGAGAUUAUUCUACAAUAAAGAAGAGGUUGCUCUGUUGUUUCAGCCCUGUCUUCCAUUAUGUUAAUUUUAAAAUUGAACGUUUCACUGAAAGGGAAGUUUUGCUGAAAGGGAUUAGCAUUGGAGUUUGAUCCCAAUUAAAGUGAAUGAGAUAAAAACAAACUCUUUGCAAACUCAAGGUCUGGAAUUGGAGCGGGGGGCUCAAAAUGCUACCAGCACGGUAAAAUAAUUCAUGUAACAACACAGUAACUACUCCUUUAUAUAGAUUCAGCAGUUAAUAAGCAUUCAGUAUUGAAUGCUGAGGAUGAUCUCUAGGAUGAAACUCCUGGCUUGUUAUUAGUAACUUCCCUAAUUAUUAAAAACGUUAUACAGACCAUUUAUGUGGGUAUUGAUAAUAUUCAAUACAUACUGUAAUCUUAUUUUACCAAAAUUGUGGAAGAAAUCCUAAUUACUUUGAUAAUCAGAUGGUUAAUAAAAUGGAGUGUGGAAAAUAUCUAAAUAAUAUGCAGUGCAAUUAAAGAGAUAACAAGGCAUUUCUAUUGCAUCUCAGUCCUAAUUAUGUACAUAUGAGAGGACAGAAUAAUGUGACUCCUACUCCCAUAAGACCCAGACAGCAUGUUCAAGGAUGAUGAGAGUUGUAUUCCAACAAUAUAUGGAGAGCCACAGUUCCCACCCAACCCAUUAUCCAGUCCUGUAUUACAUUAAUAACACCUGUAAAAAGGGAACGUGGGUCAGCUGAACUGACAGUUUUACCUAUCAUUAGGUUGCUGAACAGUUUAUGUCUGCCAAAGAACCAUACCAUUCAACAAACCAAUGUGGGUGAUCUGAUAAUGUAGAACUGCUUUCCAUGCUGCUUCAAUAAUAUAUGAAUUUAUAGGAUUUGAGGUGGAGUAGUAGUUUUGAUAUCCAUUUACACAAACUUUUAUUUUGAUCCAAAAUGUAUACAUUUUAAGGACUUACCUAUACAGAUAAUUAACUAUGGGUCAAUACAGCAUUAAAUAUGAGUGUGCUGGUGUAAGCUGGUAGUUAAGAUCACAAGGUAUGCUCGACAUACGUGGUUCAAAUCUUUAGCCAGUUGUGGAUUCACUGGCUGCCAUUAGACCAUUAUCUCUCGGCUCCAUAUCUAUAAUGUUUAUUACAACAGACUGCCUUACAGGGUUGGUGUAGGGAACCUUCUGCCUGUGGGUCUGUUUAUAUAGAUGAUUUAGGCUCGCCAGACCUCCCCAUUUAGUCCAUGAGGCCAUUUCAGCCAAAGCAUAGGCACCAUCCCAACAGCUGUCAUAUGCAAUGUCAGAUGUGGGGCAGAUAAUGAUUGCGCUCAGCUAAAAAGAGGUUUGAAGCUGAUUGUCGGGUGUUGCCAAGUCUCAUGCAAAGCGCUCUGUGAGACCUGUGUUGGCACUCUAUCAUUAUUGUAUCAUCAAGUGAUUGACAGGUGGACAGUCCUACCUACCUGUCAAACCUGACCCACUAUGAGUAGGGAGAGAACAAUCUGACCCACAGGUCAGAAUCAGUUCUCCCUAAUACACCUGUUGUAAGGAUUGUAGAGAAAAUAUAUGAGAAGUGUUUUGAGCACUUUGGAAAUUAUUAUUGAUUUUACCUACAACUGACCUGCUGUGUCUACAGUGAAAAUGUACAGGAAUCAGAAGCUAAAUUUUACAUGACAAUCAGGAAAAAGUGUGCAGAUUGAUGUUCCAAUGCUUUUGCCACUCAUUUCUAUCACUAUUUGAUCAAGAUUAAAAUUAUGAUUGUGUACACAGGUAAAUCUUCCCCCCACUGUUUUCAGGAGUUUAACCAUUACCUAGAUGCUACUUUUGCACAAAUCUAUAGGAAGAAUUUUACACAAAUGCAUAUUUCAUUAAUGGCAAACUUUUCAAGGCUAAUUUAAGACCACUGCAUGCAAUCAAAACACUAACCAGUCAGGUAGAAGAUGGAAUAACAGUAUUGUGCAGCACAGUUUUUUCCUCCUUUAAAUGGUUGCAUCCAUAAUUUUUUUAUAUAGAAAAAUAAAAUAUGAUAUAGACAUCAAGUAAUCUCAGAUACUUGUCCAAUUUUACUGAUUUUCCAAACUAUUAUGAUAAGAAACGAUGGUUUUAUGUAAUAGAGUAACAGGGACUUUCUAUAUGGCCCAUUAUGAAAUUGUGUUCAUUGUCAUAUAGUAAUUACAUUUUUAAAGCUUGAAUGACAAAAAAUCUCAUUUAUAAUCAAUCUUAUGUAUUAGAAACGAGAUACUAUAUCACUUUUUGUGUUUUAGCUAGAAGAACAACACCACUUUUGGAAUAUAUUAAAAAUAGAAAAUUAGAAAAACAGGUAUGUUUGUGUUUUGGAAUAAGCCCUAAACUUUGUGCUUUAAGUUCUUUUUAAUAUUUCUACAAAUCUACAUAAAACAUUUCCAAUGUUUUAGAGAAUCCGAGAAGAGAAAAGGGAAGAACGAAGGAGAAGAGAAUCAGAAAAAAAACGCCUAAGGGAAGAUGAGAAGCGGAAGCGCAGAGAGGAAGAAAGGCGUAAAAGAAAAGAAGCUGAAAAGCAAAAGAAAAUGGCUGAAAAAGAAAUAAGGAUCAAGGUAUUUUUUCCCUGCUAUCUCCCAUCUUUCAGAUGUACCAGAGUUACAGUAGGUUAGCUUGAUGUGUAUCCUUACCCUAAAUGCAUGCAUGUAGAAGAAGUCUCAUUGAUUUCAGUGCUUCCAUGUCAGUGGCUUAGGACUAUAGCAUUAGGAACAUAGGAAGUAUAUUCAAGUCACUGAGUUCAGCCAAGUAUUUGGAUUCCCUAUUACAGAAUUUUUAUUUUUAGAGGGUUUUUUUGUAGAGUGCCAAACCUAUCUGAGCACUUGUAGAAUCUGACUUCUUAAAUCUUGCAUUAGGCUUAUGUCUUGCAUUGUAAAGUAGAUGUGUAAAUUUCCCAUUCCUAACUCAAGAAAGUAGUUACCAUUUUUAAGUUCUUUAACUGAACCGUUUUCAUUGGCAGUUAUCUGUGUCAAUGAAAUAUGAUUUCAAAUUCUGGAAAUUCUGAAAGUAAAAGCAGAAUUAAAUUUUAUGUUGCAAAACUAAUAAUCGGAUCUUUUUUUCUUUUUUAAAAAAGCUGUUUCCCCCCACUAAUAUACAGAACAGAGAAACAUCACAACAGUGAUUUGAAUUCUAAGAUAAGUUAACUUAAGGAAGGUUAUAGAAUGAAGUUUUCCACCUCUCUUUUUAUCCUUACAGCUGCCUGAGUCCCCGCCCCCAAACUUUUUGAGCAAGGGAGAGGGUGAGGUGGAUGGUGGCAUUACCCAAAAUUAGGCUUGGAUCAAAAGAUACAUUAAGGAAGCUCACAAAUGAAAAGUUUUCAAUUCCCUCCUCCACCUAGCAGCUCCUGGGUGUCAUCAUACAUUGUUCAGAAAGGGCCCCUGGGUUUCCAGAGAGGCUUUUCAGAGGUUAUGGGGGAAAUGUGAAACUACUGUGAACUCCCUACUGUGAGCUUCCUUAGAUUAUCUUACAUUAGGAUCAGUGUCAGCAUAUAAAAAGGCAAAAAAAAAGCAGGCACUGAAUAAAAUAUAUCCUUGCAUGAAAUAAUACAUGUAGUAAUAAUUGUGGUUCCCUUUUGAGAUUCUUUAGAAAAAUCCAGGGGAUACAGACAGCAUCCCAUCUCUUGCAGAAUGAAUUGUGCCCAUUUAAAAGCAGACGGAUAUCUUUCCACAUACUUACAUAUAUAUACACGCACAAUAUCAUACAUUUAUGGUGUAUUCAUUGCAUUCUAAAAAUUAACCAUAUACUAUUAUAGUUAAACAAUUCAAUAUAUUUGAAGAGCAUGUUUGAACAGAGAAUGCCAGAACAUUAGAGGGAGUUAAUGCUUUGUCAAUCAGUUUCCACAUUAUCUAGAAUUUAUUUAUAUAUUUAUCUGAAUUUGUAUUAAGAGACGCUGGUAACUUUUACAGUUAUUAGGUCUAGAUAUGACAUUUCUUCUUGAGGGUUUCUGUAUAUUUCAGACCCACAGCAGCAGAACUGCCUUGCAUCAAGAAUGUGGAAACUCUAGAUUCUUUCAUCAGUGCUAAGCAGUUAUAAAAUGUAGUUUAUUUCAACGGGCGAUAUCUUGGUGUGUGGUUAAUUCUCUCACUGAAAUUAGGCAUACUUGUUCAAAUGCUUAAUUGUCGCUGGAUCGUGAUAACUUUUUUUAAUUGGUUUUGAAUGCUGAUGUCAUAUGGGUGGGGGUUUUGGGGGGGAGGGGCUAAGGACACAUCAAGCAAGUAUGCUAUAAGUGAUUUUUCCUGUGCGUCAGUGUAUUCUGUAAGAUGUUAACAUUUGUAAAGAUGUAGAAAACACAUUUAUAAUAGUCAUAUAUUUUACAAAUAUAUUUAUUAGCUUCUUAAGAAACCCGAGAAAGGCGAUGAGCAAGCCACAGAAAAGCACAGAGAAAAAGAAAAAGCUGACAUAGACGAGAGUAAAUGGGAGAAAUCACCUGGGCACGGGAGUAUAAAAUCUAAGCCCCUGGAAGGUUCGCUGAAGGAACUUAAGGAAAAGUAAGUAGUGCUUUAUUUUGAAGAUGGAGUUACAUCCUCAAGGCAGUUUAAAUUGGUACAUCCCUUUGACUUAAAACCUCUGGGUUUUUAUCUAAAAGCAACUACAGCUUGUCAUCUGAAUCCAAUAAACUAUAUUAAAAAGGUAAAGGUAAAGGUACCCCUGCCCGUACGGGCCAGUCUUGACAGACUCUAGGGUUGUGCGCUCAUCUCACUCUAGAGGCCAGGAGCCAGCGCUGUCCACAGACACUUCCGGGUCACGUGGCCAGCAUGACGAAGCUGCUCUGGCAAACCGGCACCAGAGCAGCACAUGGAAACACCGUUUACCUUCCCGCUAUAAAGCGGUACCUAUUUAUCUACUUGCACUUAAGGGUGCUUUCAAACUGCUAGGUGGGCAGGAGCUGGGACCAAAUGACGGGAGCUCACCCCGCCGCGGGGAUUCGAACCGCCGACCAUGCGAUCGGCAAGUCCUAGGCGCUGAGGUUUUACCCACAGCGCCACCCGCGUCCCCAAUAAACUAUAUUAGUAGUCUUAAUUAUGGUUUAGGAAACAAACCAACCUUAAUUCAUGCUUUAUGAAGUUUUUCUCUGUCAUCCAACAUGCUCAUAUCACAUGGCCGGGAGCUGAUAUUAUUCUGUAACCGCCCCGCCCCCCGAGAUCUUAGGAUGAAGGGCAUUAUAUCAGUCAAUCAAAUAAAUGAAUAACCAACAUUUGACAUCCAAAGCUAGGCAAGGAGUAACCAGCUCUUGACAUUCUGGGACUCCUAGGAUCUGUAAGUCUUUACCUUUUACAAAAUAAAUUAUUGAAUUCCCAAAACCCUUCCUUUUUUACUUUAAUAAUUAUAAGCAAGAUAUGUAGCACAAUCCUGUGCAUACUCAGAAGUAAAUACUUAUCUAGGAGUAAGCCUUACUGAAGGCAAUGGGACUUACUUCUGAGUAGACAUAGUAUUGCACUGUUGGCAUAGCUGGCCCUUACUCCAACACCACUAAAUAAACUGGGAGCUUUGUUUAGGCAGCAUAUGCCUUGUUACCUGAGUUUUAAGCAGUUUGUUUUUUAUGUUUGGAUUUUUCAUUUUUUUAAAACACAGGUCUCAAAAUGAUAGUGAUAAAGAGCAAAGAGAUUCAGAGAGAAGAUUUCGCGAAAAAGAACCUGAGAGACAAAGGUAUCGACUGGAUGAUAGCCGAAAGCACAGAAGUCACUAUGAAUUUGACAAGUUUGUGAGAAGGAAUGAAGAUGAGGUGAAGUGGGGAAAAGGAUACAGCCAAGAUCGAGGGAAGAAAGUGAACUACAACUACAGCUUCACUGUGGACACAGUAGACAAACUGGGUAAAGAGGACAAGUGUGAUGACAUGGCAUCCAAAAAGGAGCGCAUAAGAAAUAAGGUUCUUUUAUUCAUUUAGGAUAAUCUUUCAUUAGUAAAAUUACUUCAAGGUCAUACAAGAUUUGCUUUUGACAUCUCAGCAUGAACUUUUUAAACAUUUGAUUUUCACUAAAAUGAAAACCUCCAUUUUUUUAACUCAGCAAAAGCUGUUAAAGUGAUAGGUAUUGGAAUCUGUCUUUGCUGCUAAUGAUGCCUGUUUGCAUUUUUAAAAUGCAUGCUUUUAUGAAGCACAGUUCUUAGAAUCUGGGUUGUUUUAAAAAAAAUGUUUAUCUGUUUUAAUAAACACAUGUCAGAAUGCUUAUGCUCUCCCUGAUAACCUAUACUCAUCUAAUCACUCAAAAAUAUUGUGCCCUUAUGUUUGGACCUACUAUAUUACUGCUAAGGGAAUCAAUAGCCCAAAUGAUCUAAGUUGAAGUAACGUUGCUACCAGUUGAAUAAUAGGAGGUAGAAACCAUGAUCAUUACUUCAGUUGAGUACAUAGUUAUCUUAAAAAAGAAGCAGAAACUAAUACAGCGGUACCUCAGAAGCCGAACAGAAUCAGAUCCAGAAGUCUGUUCGACUUCUAAAAUGUUUGAGAACCAAGGCACAGCUUCUGAUUGACUGCAGAAAGCUCCUGCAGCCAAUCGGAAGCCACAGAACCGCAAAGGAAGUUUGGGUUACAAAGAACGUUCACAAACCGGAACAAACACUUCCGGGUUUGCGACGUUCGGGAGCCAAAACGUCCAACUGGCAAGGCGUUCAACUUCCAAGGUACGACUGUAUUAUGAAGAUUUUCAAAGUGAAGUAAUUUAACAGUUUAGCUGUUGUUAAUAUUGAUGUAGCCCAGCAAAUCGGUAAUUUACACAUGGGUAUCAUUCUUGCACUUGACCCUGUGGAUAUGUGUAGCUGUAACAUUGCAAAGAAUGAGUUCCUGUGACCCAGCAACAACAGCAUUCUUUGUGCAUUAGAUAACCCGGCUAUGCUGCUUGUCAUUUGGAAUCCAAACUCCACUUACCUGGAAGUGAGCCACAUUUAAUUCCUUAGGACAUACUUCUGAGUAGACGUGGUUGAGAUUGUGCUGUUAACUACAAUUUAUCAUGGAUGUGCAGCAUGAUUCUAAACAAAUUUACUGAAAAUCAAGUCCCACUCACUUCUAUAGGGCUUGCUCCCCACUAGGUUUGUUCAGAAUUGCAGCUUUGGUCUUAUGGUACUGUAAGGCCUUGUCAUUCACUGGUUGGAGACAGAGGAAUGGUGGGAAGAAGGCUAAGAGCCUGUGGGGUGGUGGUGGCACAACAAUGAGUGGUCGAAGGGAAAAGAGGGGGAAGACUGGUAAGAGGAGGUGUUAAAGUUGAAGAGGUAAUAGGGUUUAGUGAGCUGGGAGAGUUUGUGUCAACAAGAAGUUAUGGUUAAGCCCUUACUGGCUAGCUAGAUUAUUAAAUCAAGCUCUAUUUUGAGAGGUUAGCUAUGAAGUUAUUAUGCUACCUUUAUACCUUGUAAACUAUAGACUGUCUUCGUGUUUGAAACUGUUUGUGCCCAUAUUUGAUUGCAGCCAAAUUUCUUCUAGUUAUUAUAACGAAUUAAAAUUUUGUGAAAUUUUCCAUCUUUGGUACUGUGUUCUGAAGCAUCACUUUCCUCCCAAAACAGCAAUCUGAAUUUGUCCAGUAUUCUUUUAAUUUGCUUAAAGUACUUGGCUUUCAGGGGCUAAGAGUGAGGUAAUAAGUGUCAGAUAUUUAUAACCUAGUUUUCCCAUUUGUUGUUAAAUCAGUUUGUCAAAAAAGUCCUCUUUUCUUUCACAGAACAGUUAAGACAUUUUGAGAUCUCCUGUGUGGAUAAUAAAUGAUUUUCUCCAAGCCUUAAUCUCCUUUCUUCUUAUUUUCUGCACAGGAUCGGCCAGCCAUGCAACUAUACCAGCCAGGAGUUCGCAUUCGAACACAUACGGGGUCUACAAGUAGGUCCUAUGACUGCACUGAAAAGUCUUCAGAAGAAGCUUAUGAUAGAAAGUAUGAAGCAGACAACUCACCUGGAGGUGGUUCUGAGAAGAGCGAAGAGGCAGAAUAAAACAACAAGGACAGAAACGUCAGCAUUUAAGACUUAGUGUCCCGCAAAAUAUUACGUUCUCGGAAUUGGCCCACCAUUGCGAAGAAAACUUUUUUUUUUUUUUAGUUUUCUAGUAGAAGUUUAGGCCACAGGCAAUGUUACAUAAAUGUUACAAGAGAAUAUCAUCACUGUGCACUUACACUGUUUCCAGCUAUAUGCAUGUGAAGGCAUCUUUCAUCCCAAUGCAUAUAGAUACAUAUUUGAUGGUAUGUUAUGAUAGUAAUAGCAUGACUUUUAAAGGCUGUUCUUCAGGUGGAUUUCAUUGCCAUUAUCACUGACAUGUUACGCAAAUACGUGCCUCUAUACAUAAUGGAGUGAUGGCUCACAUAGGCAUAGGGCAUACUGUGGCUUGAGAAGUGGGAAGGGUAUUUAUGACACAAUGUUAUUGAAUAUUACAGUAGAAUUCAGGAUUUCGAAGCUUCUGAUAUUUUGAGGCAUAUUUUGAGGUUUGUGUUUUGCAUAAAACUUUUCUGAAAUGUUCCACUCUAGGGGAAUUCUUUAAAGCAUGCAUUUCCAUCAGUUCUAACCGAGGCAUUUUAUGUUCUAUAAAUUGCAUUAACAGGUCUCAAUAUGACAAGACCAUGAGAAUAAGACAUUAUACAGAGUGUAGCUGUAUUUACAUCAGUCGGGAGAAUAACACACAAGUACA